UAUAAUGGAUGCUGCCAGAGUUAAGACCGUGAAAGACCUCAAUAAACCUCGAGCUGGCUAUGAAAAGACCAGCAGUGAGGGGCCGAAGAGGGUUCCAGUACAAAGUAGUCAUAAGCCUGUGGCGACCCCCUCUCAGAGGGUUCUGUGCGUUUCAAACGGACCGCAGCGCGUACAGCGGCCAGUCAGCCAGCAGAAACCGAUAUCCCAUGCACCACGCACACAAGCCACGCAGCCCGGUGAUCAGAAUACCCAGUCCUCCCAGCUUCAACCCCAAUGCCAGCCCAAGAGGGACCCAGUUCCUGCUUGUCCACAAACCACUAAAACUGCAGAGCAAAAGGAGCAGGAAAAGCCAAAUGAUACACCAAAAGCCACUGAAUCCACAAGUACCUCUAAGAAUCGAUGGAGCCUGGAAAACUUUGACAUUGGCCGCCCCUUAGGAAAAGGUAAAUUUGGCAACGUGUACCUGGCAAGGGAGCGUCAGAGUAAGUUCAUCCUGGCCCUGAAGGUGCUUUUCAAGAAACAGCUGGAGAAGGCAGGCGUGGAGCACCAGCUUAGGCGCGAAGUGGAGAUUCAGUCCCAUCUCAGGCACCCUAACAUCCUGCGUCUCUAUGGCUAUUUCCACGACUCUGCCCGUGUUUACCUCAUUCUGGAGUUUGCCCCCAAAGGAGAGCUGUACAGCGAGCUGCAACGCUGUGGCUAUUUUGACGAACAAAGGAGUGCCACGUACAUCACAGAGCUGGCAGAUGCCCUACAUUACUGUCACACUAAGAAGGUGAUCCACAGGGACAUAAAACCAGAGAACCUGCUCUUAGGUGCCAAUGGAGAACUGAAGAUUGCAGACUUUGGCUGGUCUGUGCACACACCCUCUUCUAGGAGGUCAACUCUGUGUGGAACCCUAGAUUACCUGCCACCGGAAAUGAUUGAAGGGAAAACUCAUGAUGAGAAGGUGGAUCUGUGGAGUUUAGGAGUGCUCUGCUAUGAGUUCCUUGUUGGAAAACCACCCUUUGAGACAAAGAGCCACGAGGAGACAUACCGGAAGAUAGCCAGGGUGGAGUUUAGUUAUCCUUCUCAUGUCAGCGAUGGCAGUAGAGACUUGAUCAACAGGCUGCUGAAACACAACCCUCUGCACAGGCUGCCUAUUCAGGGUGUGUUGGCCCACCCCUGGGUGGUCGAGCACUCCACCAAGCAGCCAACUGCAGCCUUCCCAAGCGCCGAACCCAGUCAGUGCUAG